AUGAAAGGGAAGGCAGAAAUUAUUCACUACAUAUUUGCCUAUUUGAACAUAAAGUAUGAAGAUCACAGGAUAGAACAUGCUGACUGGCCUGCAAUCAAGUCAACUCUACCAUUUGGCAAAAUCCCUGUUUUGGAAGUGGAUGGACUUAUCCUUCAUCAGAGCCUGGCAAUAGCAAGAUACCUGACCAAAAACACAGCUCCAGGAGGAAGUGUCACAUCCACAGGAGUCCUGUCUCUAGUUUUCAGUGAUAUUCCCCCCAUCUACCAGGAUGAUUUUUAUGUUACAGCCAUAAAUGCUCAGGGAACGUGUAACCACACUCUACAUGUCCUGGAUGAUCGAGUGUUUAGUGAGCUGCUUACAUGUGAGGCUCCUCCCCUUCUGCAAGAUUUGGAAACAUACUUAGAGGACAAAGAGUGGUUCAUUGGUAACUCUGUGACUUGGGCAGAUUUCUACUGGGACAUCUGUAGCACCACACUCCUGGUCCUUAAAUGUGACAUGCUGGACAGCUACCACAGGCUGAGCUCUUUGUGGGAGAAAGUCCAAGCCAUUCCUGCCAUCGCUGGCUGGCUGCAGCAGAGGCCCCAGAGCAGGCUCUAGGUGGCCCAUCCCAUCUCUGGUUUCGCUGUCCACAGUCAUCUCUCACUUCACACAUGCCAGCUGCGUCAGCUCCCUGAUAACCCUCCACACACUCCCCACCCCAUCUCCACCAGGACUUCCACUGUUGCCAUACCCUGGAUUAAAAAAUAGUAUUCAGUUUCUAGUGUCUUUAUUUCUAAAGAAUA